GAGAGGAGAGGAAAGGAGAUGAGAGGAGAGGAGAGAAGAGGAAAGGAGAGGAGAGGAGAGGGAGAGAGAUUUUCCCUUUGCUUCUCCAGCACAUAGAUAAAGCAUACCACAGCAGAGCCUCUGCUGGGGACAUCCCAGCGACCAAGGACCCGCCCAGGCCACUUUUAUGGACCAGUGCGGGGCGGGCUCUGCCGGGGGCGGUGCUGCGCACAAGGCGCCUAUAAGGAGCUGUCCUCUGCUCUGGUGCUGAAUCCAGCUCUCAUUCCGGAACGAGGUGCUUUCGGCUAUUGGCAAAGCAGGGCUCCAAGAGCUGCCCUGUAGUUUGGAUCUGAACCUUUAAAAAGAGAGAGAGAGAGAGAGAAUCCGGAGGAAGCCGAGGCGGGUGAGGAAGGCAAGCACAGAAAGGGACAGUUGCAGAAACUAUAAACCUCGAUCGCAGCUAGCAUCUCAGAGGAAGCCCUGCUGCGGUUUCGGUGGAGCUUCUGAGGAUCAGGAUGGAGUGAAGGAGAAGAGAGGCUCACGGGGGUGGGAGGGGGUCAGGCUGUGCAGAGGCAAGGGAACACUGAAAUAGAGAGAAAGGAAAAGAGAAAAGCCAACGCUCGUGCCUGCGAAUUUGGGAUUCUAUUGGAAGAGAUCUCUCACUCGGGGGAAAUGGAUUCUGUACCAAGACUGAACAGCGUUUUGACUUUGGUGCUUUCUGGCUUGUGGCAUUUAGGAUUAACAGCGACAAACUACAACUGUGAUGACCCACUGGCCAACUUCCUCUCACUGACGGCUUUCUCCAGUUCCUCAGAUCUCACUGGAAGUUCUAGCUCAGCUCCACUGAACUGGAGAAUGGGAACUGGUGGUUGGUCUCCAGCAGAUUCCAAUGCCCAGCAGUGGCUCCAGAUUGACCUGCGAAACAGAGUAGAGAUUACAGCUGUAGCCACACAAGGAAGAUACGGGAGCUCUGACUGGGUGACAAGCUAUCGCCUGAUGUUUAGUGACACUGGGCACAACUGGCAACCAUACUAUCAAGAAGACAGCAUCUGGACGUUUGUGGGAAACAUGAAUGCUGACAGUGUGGUUCACCACAAGCUACCGCACUCUGUGAGAGCCCGCUUUGUUCGCUUUGUGCCCCUGGAGUGGAAUCCAAAUGGAAAGAUUGGCAUGAGAGUGGAGGCCUAUGGAUGCUCCUAUAGAUCGGAUAUAGCUGACUUUGAUGGGAGGAGCUCACUUUUAUACAGGUUCAAUCAGAAGACAAUGAGCACCCUCAAAGAUGUGAUUUCCCUGAAGUUCAAGAGCAUGCAAGGAGAUGGAGUUCUGUUUCACGGAGAAGGACAACGUGGAGACCACAUCACCCUGGAACUCCAGAAGGGCAGGCUAGCUCUAUACCUGAACCUGGAUGACAGCAAAGCUCGGCUCAGCAGCACUGUCCCCUUGGUCAUCCUGGGUAGCCUUCUGGAUGACCAGCAUUGGCACUCAGUUCUCCUGGAGCGUGUGGGCAAGCAGGCAAACUUCACUGUGGACAUGAACACACAGCACUUCCGGACCAAGGGUGACACAGAUUCCCUGGACAUUGACUAUGAGCUCAGUUUUGGAGGAAUUCCAGUACCAAGCAAACCUGGUACCUUUUUAAAGAAAAACUUCCAUGGCUGUAUUGAAAACCUUUACUACAAUGGAGUGAACAUAAUUGACUUGGCUAAAAGACGCAAGCAUCAGAUCUACUCAGUGGGCAAUGUCACUUUUUCCUGCUCAGAACCACAAAUUAUUCCCAUCACAUUUGUCAACGCCAGGAGCAGUUAUUUGAUGCUGCCUGGCACCCCCCAAAUUGAUGGUCUGUCAGUGAGUUUCCAGUUUCGGACGUGGAAUGAAGAUGGUCUGCUUCUGUCCACAGAGCUGUCUGGAGGCUCAGGGACCCUGCUGCUCAUCCUGGAGGGAGGGGCUCUGAGGCUCCUGAUUAAGAAAGUGGCAGGACAUGGAACUGAAAUCCUCACAGGCCGUGGCUUAAAUGAUGGCCUGUGGCAUUCUGUCAGCAUCAAUGCCAGGAGAAAUCGUGUUACCCUCACCCUGGAUAAUGAUGCUGCUUCCCCAGUGCCAGACACCUCCCGAAUACAGAUUUAUUCUGGAAAGAGUUACUACUUUGGAGGGUGCCCCGACAAUCUCACCGAUUCCCAAUGCUUAAACCCCAUUAAGGCUUUCCAAGGCUGCAUGAGGCUCAUCUUUAUUGAUAACCAGCCCAAGGACCUCAUUUCAGUUCAGCAAGGUUCCCUGGGGAGUUUUAGUGAUUUACACAUUGAUCUGUGUAGCAUCAAAGACAGGUGUUUGCCAAACUACUGUGAACAUGGAGGACUCUGUGCCCAAACCUGGACCACCUUCUACUGCAACUGUAGUGACACUGGUUACACAGGAGCCACCUGCCAUGACUCUGUCUAUGAGCAAUCCUGUGAGGUGUAUCGACACAGAGGGCACACAGCUGGGUUCUUCUAUGUUGACUCUGAUGGCAGUGGGCCACUGGGACCCCUUCAGGUGUACUGCAAUAUUACUGAGGACAAGAUCUGGAUGACAGUUCAGCACAACAACACAGAGCUGACUCGGGUACAGGGUUCCAGCCCUGAGAAUCCCUAUUCCAUGACCUUAAACUAUGGUGCCAGUAUUGAACAGCUGGAAGCUUUGAUUGAUGGCUCAGAACACUGUGAACAGGAGGUAAUAUACCACUGUAGGAGAUCUCGCCUGCUUAACACACCAGAAGCUAGAGUCUUUGGAGAAGUGGGAACCUCAAUUCAAAAGAUGUCUACAAAUGAUGGAGCCCCAUUCACCUGGUGGAUUGGGAGGUCUGAUGAAAAACACCCUUACUGGGGAGGUUCUGUCCCCAGAGUCCAGCAAGUCCAACAAUGUGGAUGUGGCCUGGAGAAAAGCUGUCUGGACAAUCGGCAUUUUUGCAAUUGUGAUGCAGACAUAGAUGAAUGGGCAAAUGAUACUGGCUUGUUUUCCUUCAAAGAUCACUUGCCUGUAACUCAGAUAAUUAUCAUGGAUACCAACCGAACAAACUCAGAAGUUGCUUGGAGAAUUGGCCCCUUGCGUUGCUAUGGUGACCGACACUUCUGGAAUGCCGUCUCAUUUUCUACGGAAGCUUCUUACCUCCACUUCCCGACCUUCCACACGGAAUUCAGCGCUGACAUUUCUUUCUUUUUUAAAACUACUGCUUUAUCUGGAGUUUUUCUAGAAAACCUUGGCAUUAAAGACUUCUUCCGACUUGAAAUGAGCUCCCCUUCUGAGGUGACAUUUGCCAUUGAUGUUGGAAAUGGCCCCAUCGAGCUCCUCGUCCAGUCUCCUUAUCCUCUGAAUGACAAUCAAUGGCAUUACAUCCGAGCUGAGACAAACCUCAAGGAGACCUCACUGCAGGUGGACAACUUUCCACAGAGUAUGAGGGAGGCCUCAGAGGAAGACCCUUUCCGACUUCAGUUGAAUAGCCAGUUGUUUGUAGGAGGAACAUCCUCAAGACAGAAAGGCUUUCUUGGGUGCAUCCGUUCUUUACUCUUGAAUGGGCAUAAAGUAGACCUGGAAGAGAGGGCAAAGGUCACAUCUGGAGUCAGACCUGGCUGUCCAGGUCACUGCAGCAGCUAUGGAAGCAAUUGCCACAAUGGGGGCAAGUGUGUGGAGAAGCAUAGCGGUUACUCCUGUGACUGUACCAACUCGCCGUAUGAAGGACCUUUCUGCCAGAAAGAGAUUUCAGCUCUUUUUGAUUCUGGCACCUCUGUAACAUACAUGUUUCAAGAACCGUAUCCAGUGACCAAGAACACAAGCCUUUCUUCUUCAGCUAUCCACACAGACACAGCUCCAUUCAAGGAAACCAUCAUGCUGAGUUUCAUGACAGCACAAGCUCCGACCCUCUUGCUCUACCUCAAUUUCUCUUCUCAGAAUUUUCUCGCUAUCCUGCUCUCCAGAAAUGGAAGUUUACAGGUUCGAUAUCGACUAAGCAAGGAUGAAAGUCAAGUGUUCAACAUGAGCACAGAGAAUCUGGCCGAUAGAAGAGUGCAUCACGUGAAGAUUAGUCGAGAUGGUCCAGAACUUUCCAUUCAGGUGGAUCAGCAACUCUUCAGCUAUAACUUCUCUCCAGAAGCUGAGUUCCGGACACUGAGGUCACUUGUCCUAGGCAAAGUCACAGAGACUCUUGAUUUGGAUCUGGAAGUUGCUCAAGCAAACACCUUUGGUUUCGUUGGGUGCCUUUCUUCUGUACAAUACAAUCACAUAGCACCAUUGAAGGCAGCCCUCCGCCAUGCCAGCAUUGCACCUGUGACUGUCCAAAAGACCUUGACAGAAUCCAGCUGUGGCUCCAUGGUGGACUCUGAUGUGAAUGUAGUGACCACUGUACAUUCUUCAUCAGAUUCCUUUGGAAAGACAGAUGACCAUGAACCACUCACAAAUGCAGUCCGAAGUGACUCAGCAGUCAUUGGAGGUGUCAUAGCAGUGGUGACAUUUAUUACUUUUUGUGUCAUUGGAAUCAUGACCCGCUUCCUCUAUCAACAUAAGCAGUCACACCUCACCAAUCAGAUGAAGAAGGAAUACCCAGAGAACUUGGACAGUUCCUUUAGAAAUGACAUUGACUUGCAAAACACAGCCACCGAGUGCAAACGGGAAUAUUUCAUCUGAGCCACUCCAGGGACACAUGGCCCUCUUUUUUUGUGGAGUUUCCCCUCUCUUUUUCUCUUUUCUUUUGUCUUUUAAUUUAAACAUUCUCUUUCUCCCACUUACCAUUGAUUUUCUGAACACACAUGCAUCCACACAGAGCACUAAUCCCCUUGACGUAGUUCAUGAGAUCAUAAAUCUGUGGCUACUGUAAUCCACUGACAUAGGUAUCAUUGUGAAAAUGACCACUGGAGGUACAGACUUCACUAUUGUAAACAAGGAAGAGACACAUGUGCAUACAUGCACAUUCUGUGUUUGUAAUCCAAUUCAAAACGUCACUCCACAGCUUCUCAGUCACUUGGUCUUGGCAUCUUCCAUUAGACUUGAGUUCUGUGGUGUCUGUCUUUAAAAACUGUUCCUGCCCAGUAUAAUAAUUUUAGGUAUUAUGGCUUUAGAGGAGAAAAGUGUGUGUGUGUGUGUGUGUGUGUGUGUGUGUGUGUUAGAGAAAAAUAUUAUAUCAGAUCAUUUUUCAAGUGAGGAGUUUAUCAGGGAUCCCAAUACAGCAGGAGGGUAUGAAGGAAAGUGAAUCUACCCAGGGAAUGUAACAUUUGUUCCUACCCUGUGAGUGAGGAGAAAUGUUGGGAGGCUUCAAAAACUAGUAGACAUUGUGUGUGUGUGUGUGUGUGUGUGUGUGUGUGUGUGUGUGUGUGUGUGUGUGUGUGUAAAUCAGGUACUUGAAAAGUAUCCAGGAUACUCCCUCCUAAGGCAUGGCUCAAAGAUCAAUGACCCUAGUUAGUAUGUGUCCUCUGACAAGGCAGAAAUUAUUUGUCCUGCCCAUAGCAUUUCUCCAUUUAGGACUGAAAUAUCUGGAAGAAUCUGACUCCAUGAACAGGUGGGAAAACAGGCUUCCUUGAGGGCUGAGUUGGGAGAAGGUACAGGCCUGCAUGGAACAUAGGAUGGCAGGCCUUCAUAACACCUGUGAGAAAAGACAGAUUAUACUUGGAGGGCCAAGGUUAUGAGAACAACCUGCCUGGUGACUCAAGUCAGGAGAGACCCUUCUGGCCUGCAGGUUUAGUGACAUUUGAUGAGCAACCAGAGAGGUUUAUGUUAGUUUAAUGUCUACACCAUAAGUAGACCAUGAUUCCAUUCAUCAUCAUUUCCAUCAAGUCUCAGUACUUACCAAUAUAGAGUGACUGAAUAGUGAGCACCUAAUUUGCCUCUCUCUUGCCUUGCUGUUUUUAGGCAUGGAUACACUGCCCAAUACCAGGAGGCCUCAAGAAAGCUGUGAGGAAGUAGCUGAUCCUACAACUUGGCACCUGCCUUCUCCACUUUAAUAGAACAUGCUAGCUUUAUUAAUCCCUAAAAUUGCUCUAUUGAAGUAAACAAAUAUAUAUAUACACUUGUGUGUAUUAUAUGUAGUCAGCAUAGGUAGAAUUCAAAUAAAAGUCUAAAUUGGUUCCAUGAAAAGACUUAGGCCACCUUAACUGAACCUGUAGGAAAAUUGAAAAAAAAAAAAAGAAAAAAAGCUACAUGAAAAAUGAGAAAUAUUAAGUAAGUUUUCCCAGUUCAUCCAAUCAAGAAAUGUCCAGUAAAGAAUGAAUGUAGAGAUUAGUAGGAUUCACAUUCUAGAGUACAGAUAAUGAGUUCAUCCCUCAUCUGAAAUAUUUACCAAGAGGCAAGGGUCUGGCUGUCUUGUGGGCCAGUAGGUUCACCUCUAGAUGAGAGGAUUUCACAGGAGAGUAUGUGACACACUUUACAUUUUGCACUCUGUACCUGCCCCCAUGUACACAAAGGUGCUGCAUGCACUUGACUUAUGUGCCUAAAUAAAGUAGUAAAGCAUCUCAGGCUUUGAGUUCUUUGGCAACCAACCAUAUAAGUCAUUUGAAGAGGCAUCUUGAAUUUGUGGAUGGUGAGAAAUCUUGGUCAUUUAUGGUAACAAUAUUCUUAACUCUUUUUUUCCCCCUUGAACCACCUCCAAGAAAAGACAAAGGGUAAGCCAUCCACAUACUCUAGUCCUUACAGAACGCUAGAAGAAAUAUCUUUGAAAGACAAAGUACUGGCCAAUUCCCAUUGCAGGGCAGACCUGAUUUUCAAAGCAGGUACUUAACAUUUGAUAGGAGAUCCUUCUUCUUAGGAAGUUUCCUACCUCUUACUGUCCAUCACUGCCAUGGACAAAGAGGUUCAUAGUGAAGUCCUCACUAGUUUCAUCCAGUUGCCCAUCUGUAGUUUUUCUUCCCUCUAAAAGCUACAGAGGUAAGGAUGGAGUGUAGAACAGACCACAACCUUGAGAUAUUAUCCUAAAUAUAUAUUCUUUUCUUAAUAUUUUCUACAAAUUCUGACAUAUUCUCUUUCUGUUAUAGAAUAUUUUUAUCAUUUGUUAGUGAAUUUAUUUUAAAGCAAUUCAACAAGCACAACUUGUUUAAAUUUUUCUAUCUUUAAUAAGGAGAAUGGUCAUCUAAUAAAAGGAGAGACUUUAUUUGAGCCUCUCUUUCCUUCACCUCCUCCUUAUCUGUUGUCCAGUUUCUACUUUUGAAUUUUAUGACUCUGUAGAAGGCUGUAUUAAUCACCUCUUUCCUUGACUGCAUAUUCUCCUGUCACAAGAAAUGAAAGCCAUGAUGAAGUUUAGCCCUAAGCAUAUCUAGCAGUGAAAUGAAAGGUGAAGAAAGAGCGUUCACACUGGAAUAUUUUCUUACUGGAGUCCUUAGAAACAAUCAACAUAUUUUGUUGACAUGAUAUUAAUGGAUAGAAAUGGAGUUACAAGCCAACUCAGAGUGUACAGUCUCUUCAUCCACUAAUAUGUACUUAUGGACAAUCUUGUAGAGAAAUGCAUAAAGCCAAUCUUUGCUCUCUGCAUAGCACAUAUUCUAUUGGUGUCCUCCCUAGAUGUACAGCUUAUGCAGACCCAGACCCUGGGCAUGUGGACAAAGUGGUUGAUAAAUGCUAAGUUGGCAUACUCUUGUUAGUAGUCUCAAGGCUAAAUAAGAAUUUCCACAUGACUUCACAAAACACAACACAUGAAAAUCUAGUAAGCCUCACUCCCCUACACUGAAUACUGUCACAGCUAGAAGGAAGAGCCAAUGUUAGGGAGGUGACAAGAUCUCUUUGGAAUAUGCACUUACUCAAUUUUGUUACAGCAACAGAAGUCUACUCACAGCACCAGGGAGCAGAGGGCAAGGACUGUGCACACUUAAUUUGCAAACCAUUUCCAGAGGCUUCUAGAAGCUAACAUGUUUCUAAAUAAUUCUUAGAAUUUUGUGUCUUAUUAAUCAAUUCUAUGAGAGAUGAUUGCUUUGUUUCUUUCCCUCAAACUAGGUAACUGCCCCAUGCAGACAAAGUUCUAUAAAAGAUUGUAAAUGGACUCUUGGAACAGAGAAAAAACAAAUGGUACCUGUAUCACAUAAUUUCUGUAGACAGGGUUUACUAGGAAACCUUGGCUGCUUGACUCUAUCAUACAUCAGACUGGCCUCAAAACUCAGAGAAAAGUACCUGACUCUGCCAAGGUCUAGGCCAUCUUCUCUGCCUAUAUCAGAUACAUUUGAAAGGAUGCUAAAUUUUCUAUGUUCUUGUUAAAGCUUUCCAAAUAUAUUCUUCUGUAUAUGACAGAUCCAUGUAAAGACUAUAGGUAGAAAAGAGCAGUCUCUAAUUCUACUCCUUUCUGUUUUUAAUUCUAUGGGGGGGGGGAUAUUUCUUUAUGCCACAGCUCUUUAACAUCUCCCUUAAGUUGGUUGAUAGUCUAAGACUUUUUAACUCUCCGUACUCAGCCCUAAGAAACCAUUUGACUAUAUUUAGGCAAGUCUCUGAGAACUAGGAAUUUUCUGUUGAAUGAACAAUUAUUUAUAUGCUCUUCAUCUAAGUGAGGUCAUAAUUAUAUGUCCUAUUUGGCUCUUUUCAGAAAUGGAUGCCAUGUAUGUUCUCUUGCCAUAUCAUCUCAUCUCAAUUAGAAGACUCACACUGGGAAGGUACAUUCAUAACAUCCCCAUAGUAUCCAUGGACAUGGGCAUUAAUCAGUGGAACUAUUAUUUGGCUUCUUGCCAACCAACUGUUUUACUUCUUUUGAGUUCCCUAGAGGUGCAAGUUAUCAACUCUAUUGUAACAGUAGUUGAGUAAGAGAUUCAUGGACACCUAUAGAGUUCUACCGUUCAUUGUUCCUGAAACCAUUGCUUGGGUAUGCUUUGUCCUUAACUGUCCUUUAGAACAUGUUUCAAUUAAAUAAAUAAACAUGCGGUGUUGUACCUGCAACUGUCAAAGGAAGAUAAUGGAAGGGUGGUACAAGUAAAUGUCACCAUCCUUCAUAAAAUGAAGGAUGACUGAGUGCUGUUUCAUGUAUCUCACACAGAUUGGGAAUGUUUUCUUUAAAAGGCUCACAGUUUAUCUGAAUUACUUGUCUACACAAGUUCAUAGGACUUCUCCAACUCCGCUCUGUCUUUACCCCCAGCCUUUCCCAUGUAAUUUGUUUUAAAAAUGUUUGUUCUUUCUCAUCUCUGUGUUCACAAACACGAAAUAGUUUAUCCACCUAAAAGCGGAGAAUGAGUGUACAAUAAACACACACACACACAUUCGCACACAAACAUACACACAUAAGAGAGAGAAAGACAGAGACAGAGAGUAAAAAUUAACAAGGCUGUCUCUCAAAUGUUAUCCAGAAA